AUGGGAAAAAAGAAGUCGAAGACACCGGUCACGUACGGCUCCGUUCCGUUUGUGCUAGACGCUUCGGACCUAUCAACAGCUAAAGGUGGCAUGUAG